UGGUAUAUAUAUAAAUAGGAGGGAGCAGGGGGCGAUGCCGGAUACACCAACAUCGCCGAAGAGCGGUGGCCGGCUGACGCUAAUGGAGAAUCUUCUCGGACUUCUCCGUAUUCGUAUCAUUCGUGGCGUCAAUCUUGCUGUUCGUGAUGUUCGUAGUAGCGAUCCUUAUGUUGUUGUCAAGAUGGGAAAGCAAAAACUGAAGACACGGGUGAUAAAGAAGGAUGUCAAUCCUGUAUGGAAUGAAGAUCUAACUCUUUCUGUCAGUGAUCCGAAUCUUCCAAUUAAGCUGACUGUUUACGAUCACGACACAUUUAGCAAGGAUGAUAAAAUGGGAUGUGCUGAGGUCGAUAUCAAAGCAUUCAUGGAAGCUCUGAAGAUGAACUUGAAGAAUCUUCCCAGUGGAACGACAAUAACACGAAUGUUACCGGCCAGGCAAAACUGUCUUGCUGAAGAGAGCUGUGUCGUUUGGAAAGAUGGUAAAGUAGUCCAAGAUAUCUACCUUAGAUUGAGAAAUGUUGAAUGCGGGGAAGUCGAAAUUCAGUUGCAAUGGAUUGAUCUUCCAAACCACAAAGGCUGAAAGAAGACUUGGUUUAUCAUCAUCCCUGCUAGCUAGAGGUAUUGUAAUUAAAGUGUAGGGUGGGGAAUCAAACCUCAAGCUGGGAGGUCAAUAGUACAAGCACUAUACAGUUGAGCUACGCUCUGGUUGGUAAUACUUAACCCUCUUGGUGGUAAUACUUCUUUCAAUCGAGGGAUUGACACUAUUGGAGAGAACGGUCAAAAUCGAAUUGUAUUAGCAAUUUUUAUUUUAAUAUGACUAUUUUCGAUCUUUAUCUCAUUCA